AUGGCCAGCAGGCGAUUGAAGCGGAUCGAGAGAAGCAAGAAAAAGGAGGGUACACUGAAUCAGCCACCUCAAAUGACAACAAUGAAGCCAGUCACUGAUGGUGCCUAUGGUGUUGGAAUACCACCAGCUAGUGAGACCCAGAGUGCUGAUGGGCCGGCGGAGAAGCCAGGUUUCCAGCCCAAACACCAAUCUCCACCUUCAACCGGUUACCGAUAA